CCUCCCGAUCGUGUACGCCAGUGUUCGGAUCGUUGCGUCAGAAGGCGCAAUGUUCAGUUAUUUUUGGAUGUUUCGUGCUCCCGACGAACGUAUUCUCCGUAGCGUGGUGUAAACUGCUGCCGGAAAAUGGCCGAAUCCGAGCAGAAGAGUAAGGACGGUUGUAAUACGGCGCCGAAGGAGACGACGAUGGUCAAACAGGAAAAGCGUGAAAACACAUUGACGAAUGGCGGGAAGGGUUCGGGUGAUGAUGCGGACAGCCUCGAGGAAAUGCCUCUCGAUAUAGGCGAACAUUAUCUCGUUCGCAGAUCUGACGACUCCUGGCAUCCUGCUGAAAUUAUUCAGCCACGUUACAAUGAAAUUGAGAACCAUUAUGAGUACUAUGUUCAUUAUGAAGGACAUAACAGAAGAUUGGAUGAAUGGGUACCUCGUGAUAGAAUUAUGUCUAGCAGAUUUGACAUGAGUGAGAUUGAGCGGCACGAUAGAAAUACAGGGUCUGACUUGUUAGCCGAUUCUUCUGACCGUAAAAUUACUAGGAAUCAAAAAAGACGUCAUGAUGAGAUUAAUCAUGUACAAAAGACUUAUGCAGAAAUGGAUCCUACCACAGCUGCACUUGAAAAGGAACAUGAAGCUAUAACAAAAGUCAAGUAUAUAGACAGAAUACAGAUUGGCAAGUACGAAAUUGAUACUUGGUAUUUCAGCCCAUACCCAGAAGAAUAUGGUAAACAACCCAAACUCUGGAUAUGUGAAUAUUGCUUGAAAUACAUGCGUCUUGAGAAAACAUAUAGAUAUCACAUGAGUGAGUGCACUCAUAGGCAACCGGUUGGAAAGGAAAUUUACCGAAAAGGAACGCUGAGCAUCUGGGAGGUGGAUGGCAGGGAGCAUAAAAUUUAUUGUCAAAAUUUAUGCUUACUAGCAAAAUUGUUUCUGGAUCAUAAGACUCUUUAUUUCGAUGUAGAACCAUUUCUCUUUUAUAUCUUAUGUGAGGUAGAUAAACACGGAGCACAUUUAGUUGGAUAUUUUUCGAAGGAGAAAGAAUCACCGGAUGGCAAUAACGUCGCGUGUAUCUUGACUCUACCACCUUUCCAAAGACAAGGCUAUGGCAAAUUGCUGAUAGCUUUUAGUUAUGAACUAAGCAGAAUAGAACAAACGGUCGGUAGUCCGGAGAAACCUUUGAGUGAUUUGGGAAAACUCUCUUACCGCAGCUAUUGGAGUUGGAUUCUGUUGGAAAUUCUUCGAGAUUUCCGGGGGACUCUUAGCAUCAAGGAUCUCAGCCAAAUGACCAGCAUCUCCCAAACCGACAUCAUAUCAACAUUACAAAGUAUGAACAUGGUGAAAUAUUGGAAAGGACAGCAUGUGAUCUGCGUAACACCCAAGUUAGUGGAGGAACACAUAAAGAGCAGUCAGUACAAGAGGCCGCGUCUUACGGUCGAUAGUAACGCGUUAAGAUGGGGAGCACCACCUCGAAAGAAUGUGAAACCUGGCAAGAAGUAGCGUUACAAGCGAGUUGACGCGUUGGUUUUUCUCUAUUCGGUGAUAUGAAUCACCUGACGAUAUCGUUGACACUCACGAAUAAUUAAUCGUGAUGAUUCACAAAGGUGACGUUUUACGAAUUUACUAGCCACUCGGCAAUAGAUUCACAAACACGAUUAAUAUCCAACUUUUCACCUCGUGUGCAUUUCGCAAAGUAAUCAAUCGAUAGACAGCACGUGAUAUGCUUGCCACGAAAAUGUUUAUCUUGACGAGAUAAAAAGAAGGUAUAAUUUUUAAAGUCUGAUGUGUUAGAACUUGUCGUCUCGAAAGGAACAUCAAUUAUAGUUUUGUGGUCGCGGAGAAAUAUAUAUCUCUUUCUCUCUUCGCUAAUAAAGCGAACUUUAUUUGUCUUACUUCGAAAAAUGUAUCUUACUUCGUCCUGAAUUGUAAGUGCAUUUCGACAAGCAGACGGAAACCGCCACAGUAUUAGACCAUUCUAAUAAUUCUCGUAUGUAAAUUUGGUUAAUAAAGAUGUAUUUCACAAGA